AUGUACCCUCAGGAGUUGUGUGGCUUGAUUGCCCAUGUCUACGAGCAUAACUGGCCUCUCAAGUUCUUGUUUUUGGUUCAGUUUUUCUUUGCCAGUUUUUCUCUGAUCUGCUUGAUUAUUCUCGGGUUAUUAAUUAACAUCUGGCGAUGUUUUUCCGUCCAUAUUCGAUUGCUGAUUCUUUCUUUUCUGGUGGCAUUAGUGUUUGCUGAUAUUGGUAAGAAUUUAUCAUCAUUGUUUGAAAUUGCCACCUUUUUAAUUUAGGUGUCCUCCUUUCUAGUGUAUAUCAACUUCAAGUUAUUUUAUUCCGGGCAAAUGAUACCAGAUGUUACUGGUUCAGUUAUACUUACAACGAUUGUCAUGGUAGGUGAUUAUCUUAUUGCCUUAACUGUUUUAGUGAUCCGUCUUUUGUUCAACAUCUCUGUUGUCGGGAUUUAUACAUCUUCCACCAUUUUUGCCGUGGAAUCUUUGAUCUCCUGGAGUUUUAAAUUGAAGAAUUCAACUUCCAAAUACCUCAGUUUGUUCCUUAUAUCCGUUCAAUGGCUCUGCUCAACCAUUAUUGGGUUUGAUGUGAAUUUAUUUUUUGAUAAGACCGCCCAGUCCAAACUGCAUCAGCCCCAUUGCUCUACUCUGAUCCCCACUCCAACUCAAUUCAAUGGCAUCUUUUUCAUCCUAUUAUCUCUGCAUAUAUUUGCCCUCAUCAUCUAUACAGUUUCUUACAUUUAUUUCAGCAAGAAAAAGGUACGUUUUUUGAUGAUGACUAACCAUUUUUUUAAGGUCAUGAAGCGAUUGGAGACUGUAAACAAAAAACUUUACGAACAGUUUAUCUUCAAUGACGUCACAUUCCCAUUAAUUUGUAUGAUUGUGAGCCUGUACGUGGCCAAUGUUGUGCUUGAUGGACACUUUUUGUCCAUAAUAAUCUCCAUGGUGAAGAGUGAUACCCACGAAAAUGAAUUUAAUUAUUCGACGAAGGCUCUGUGGUACGAAUGUCAGGUAAACCGUUGCGUUAAAAACUAAAUAGACGAGGUUUUUAGACAGCAAUUGUCCCUCUGACGAGCAUUCUAAUUUUUGGAUUCCUCAUAAAAAGAAUUUGGCCGGAAAAUCCAAUCCAACAUCAGCAAGAAACCCUCGGGCGAACGAUCGAUGGAGGCUUCGAUGAGAAAUCUGACGCCCUCAGUUUUCACAGCUUAGAGGGAACUCUGAAAUGCAACAAAGCGAUGCAGGAACGAUGUCAAGAGAUAUGUUCGAAGCUCCCUCAGACAUCAUCCCCAUCCAUUUCUACCUUCCUUCCAUCCAAUUCUUCUUCUAGUCCCAAAUUAUAUGAUAUGGAAGAGGGCAGGAUAACCCGCUCAAAAAAUCAAAGCAACUCCUCUAAAGAUUAG